AUAAGCCGUUCACGCGUAUCCGCUAAGCCGACGUUUUCAAAUGUAUUUACUAUAACAGUAUAAAUGUUGAUCUGUUUUAAAAUUUAUUCGGAUACGUGUGGACGGAGGCUUAGUUCAAUGGUUUUGCAAACAAGUCUCGUUUCCAUUACGUGCACAGAGUUGUGGUUACUAAGCUAAGACAGCUCGACAUUUCAUCUCCUCUAUAUGGUAAAGUGCUAGUAGUGCUGGUUUGAAUCGGUUUAUUAUUCUUGAUAUCGCGGGUUGGAAAUGGCAGAAAGCGUAAAGAUAUUCGAUACCACAGACGAUGUCAAAUUUACUGAAAGCAAUCGGUCUAAACCGCUGAAAAUACUGGCUGUUGUAAUCGUCCUUCUGAUUAUUUUGGUUGUAAUAUUCCUGGCAUUGUUUGUAAACGAAAGGAAUCGCUAUAAUGAUUGCAAAGCCAAGAGCAACGGUGAUAUUAGCCAAGGUAAUGGAACCAUUGCUCCCACUAAAAUCCUCACCACAGUGUUGCCUACAAGCGGACCCAAAAAUAACACUGGUCUGGGUCCCUGGACAAACCUUCGCCUCCCAUCCUUCUUCAAACCUCAUCACUAUGAACUUGAACUCCUCGUUGAUCUAAAGAUGUUAUUAUUCAGUGGAAAUGUGAUUAUCAAUGUUACCUUGUCGCAGGAAACUCCCUACAUGUAUCUACAUACUAAUAAAUUGAAUAUCUCUGCUUCAAAAUUGAAGAAAGAUGGAAACGAAAUAAAAAUCAAGAGACAAUUUUGGUACGAGAAGAAUCAAUUUUAUGUGAUGGAAGCAAAACAGAACUUAACUUCAGGCAUCUAUUUCAUUGAGAUGGAGUUUAUCGGCAAAUUGGAUAACGAUCUCGUCGGGCUUUAUAGAAGUACUUACAAAAAUCAGAACAACACUGAAAUUACCAUUGCGGCAACUCAAUUUCAACCAACGGAUGCAAGAAAAGUGUUUCCAUGUUUCGAUGAGCCGGCACUAAAGGCAACAUUCAACGUGACAAUGGUCCGACCGAAAAAUAUGAUCUCCAUAUCAAGUAUGCCUCAGAUUAGAAGUGAACCAAGAGGUGACAACAUGGUUGCUGAUUACUAUGAGAACACUGUCAUAAUGCCAACAUAUCUAUUGGCCUUUAUUGUCUGCGAUUUCGUCAAAAUGACCAAUUAUGCAGGAAGGCAGGCUAAAACGUCGAUGAGUUACUACGCAACAAGAGGACAACUCGAACAAGUGAAAUACGCUAUGGAUAUUGGAGGGAAAUUGCUUGAUCACUUCGAAAAGUAUUUUAACAUUUCGUACCCUUUGCCAAAAGCAGAUAUGAUUGCAAUACCUGAUUUUGAGGCUGGGGCCAUGGAGAACUGGGGACUAAUUAUAUACCGUGAGACAGUGAUGUUGUUCAAGGAGGGCUACUCAUCCGAGAAGAACAAAGAGGGAAUUGCCAAAACAAUUGCCCACGAACUUGGACAUAUGUGGUUUGGUAACUUGGUUUCUCCGUUAUGGUGGGAUGAUUUAUGGCUAAAUGAAGGGUUUGCAACGUAUCUGGAGUAUGUUGGGGUAGAAGGUAUUCACCCUGAAUGGAAUUUGGACGAAAUGUUUGUCAACUACGAUAUGAGUAGCGCUUUUGAACUAGACGCACUGGUAACGUCCCAUCCAAUAUUGUUGGAAGUUAAUUACCCGGAUGAAAUUAAUCAAAUCUUUGACCCUAUUACCUACAAAAAGGGUUCUACAAUCAUAAGGAUGUUGCAACAUUUCUUGACGGAGGAAAUCUUCAAGAACGGACUGAUAAAUUAUCUCAAUGCUCAUAAAUAUGGGAAUGCCAAGACAAAAGAUUUAUGGGACUACCUUACUAUGGCAAGUAAAGCAGCUGGUAAAUAUAUAGAUGUAGCCGAAGUCAUGGAUACGUGGACAUUACAAAUGGGCUACCCUGUGGUUAGUGUGUCUGAAGUUGGGGGAGAUAUCAUUUUGACGCAACAACGAUUUUUGGCUGACCCGAAUGCAAAUCAAAGCAACACAAAAUUUACCUCGAAAUAUGGGUAUAAAUGGCAUAUCCCAUUCACAAUUGCAAUAUCAAAGAAGGGAGAGAACAGUGAAGUGGAAACUAAUGGAUUAGAAAUUGUUUGGAUGAACAGGACAUCAGAUAGGAUCAUCGUACCGAACAUUCAAUGGGAUCCAAGCACGCAAUGGGUAAAAGGAAAUGUCGGUCAGACUGGAUUUUAUCGUGUGAAUUAUCCUGAGAAAAACUGGGAAUUACUCGCCGAACAGUUACAGCGUAAUAGUUCCGUUCUUUCGCCUGGUGACAAAGCGGGUUUACUCCGUGAUGCGUUUGCCUUAGCAAAUGCUGGACUUCUACGGUUUAAAUAUGCUCUGAACUUGACAAGAUAUUUAAAAAAAGAAACGAACUUCAUUUCCUGGGAUGCAGGGUAUUCAAGUCUGUCCUCCUUGAAGGAUACUUUGCCAAAGUCUGGAAAAAUUCAUAAUGGCUUGAGCAAUUACCUUUUCCAAUUGAUCAAACCGAAUUUUGAAAAACUCGGUUUCCAUGAGAAUGGAACACACUUAGACAAAUUCUUGCGUAUAGAUGGAAUCAAUGCAGCCUGUGGCGUCGGUGAUGAGCACUGUAUGAAAAAGACAAAGGACUUGUUUGAUAAGUGGAUCAAGAAUGAAUCAUAUCCUGUACCGGCAGAUUUGAGAUCACCUGUAUACUUAUAUGGUAUAUCUCAGAGUGGAGUAAAGGAGUGGGAUAUUACCUUCGAGAGAAUGCAGAGAACAAACAUAGCAUCUGACCGACGUAAUUUGAUGUAUGGCUUAGCAGGAACGCGUGAGCCUUGGAUCCUCAACAGAUAUUUGCAGUAUGCCAUUGACGACACGAAAGUCAGAAACCAAGAUACAAGUGGAGUCAUUUCCGACAUUGCAAACGCUAAUCCAGUUGGGCGUAGUCUUGCUUGGAAUUUUUUAAAGGAAGUGUGGCCGAUCAUAAUUGAAAAAUUUGGAGGAGGUUUCGAUUUUUCGGUCAUUGAAAUGUUAAAUGGCGUGGCAUCUGCAUUCAGUACACAAUGGGAGCUUGAAGAAUUAGAGAAUUUCUUCGGGAAAUAUCCCCAGUCAGGCUCAGCAACACUAUCCCGUGAGCAACUGCUUGAAAAAGUACGAGCAAACAUUCAAUGGAGAGCGAAGUAUGAAAAACCCAUUGAAGAUUGGUUGGAUGCCCUGUGAAGAAAUAUGCGUUCCACAGGGUGUAUCAAAAAGCACAAUAGUACUUCAAAUUGUUUAGCUACAAAGUGAAUAUUUUCGUUGCCUUUUUUACAUACCCUGUAUUUAAAAUGAAUUUCAAUUCGUAAUUGUACUUGUCGUAAUCUGUAUCAUUCUAUAAUUACAAAGGUUAUUAUAAAAAUUCUGACCACUGAUUGGUCGAGUGGUCUCGGAUUAUUUCGUGUUGUUAUAUAGGUGCUGUGUAUUUUAAAUGCAUGCGAUUGGUUCAUUCGUAGUCACAUGACUU